AUGGAUAAUCAAAAUAACCGUAUAACAGAAAUCGAUAAUGAAGGAAACCAUGGCGAAGCUACCGAGAAACCUUCGAGAAUUUGUGAUCAGGAUUCAAUCUCAGCAAACGUCAAAUGCGAAGAAGAUACUUCAUCGCGCUCUUCAUCGCAGGACUCGCAAUCAAAACCAACACUAGGGAACUCUUCUCAGACCGUGGACCUUGUGGAAAUAAGCAGCGAUGAUGAACUUCAAAUUGUGGAAGUGACCAUGACAGAAAGCGUCAAAAAAGCUGCUGCGGGCGAUGGAACUGAUCGUGACCAAAAUCCAAGCUCGUCGACGACGACGUCUGGAAGAACAAGUCCAAAAGACAUUACAUGCUCUGUUUGUCUCAGUGAAUAUGAGAACAAAGCUUUUGUAGACAAGUGUUUUCGUAUCCUUGAAGCUUGUAUUUGUUUUCAUUGGCUUCUUGCGUAAUGCUAGCUUUUACAAAAUUAAGUCUUAUUCUAAGGUUCCGAUUGUUCAAAAGGUGGAUUGUCAGGAUUGAAACGCAAGUGAAUUCCUUCAUACGUAUCUCACCCUUGCUCCAAGAGGUUAUUUUCUGGGUACUCCGGUUGGAGCAACUAAAGAAUACAAGGCCACUCAUGUCCACCUUGUCGGACAGCUUCAAAGAAGGUGUCAUAAAAACAAUCCACGCUUUAAAACCCAACAUUUCUAAUCUUCAUUUCGACCAAGAAUGGUAGAGGAAGAACCACUAUGUAAAUGUGCUACCUCUAAGUCAUUGUUUUUUAAGCUUGUUUGUUAAUAUAUAUUUUAAUAUUUUUGUAAAGGAUAGUGCUGUCCACCUAGUGAACAACGGGGACAAGAUUUCUGUCCCAUUGUUCCACAAUGAGGCAGCAAAACAAUGAAGCAAAUAUGGACUGUCCACUUACAUGCACUUUACCUUAAUCAUCCAUUUAGAUGCUUUUUGUUACUUCUGUAUAUUGCAAUGGUCCGAGAUAGUCCAGACAUGCCCUCUGUGUAAGUCAAGCUUCACUUCUAUCAUUCAUAGUGUCAAAUCUAUGGACAACUACCAGCAGGUAAUUAAGUUCUCACAUCUUUAUCAAAGAUUGCUUGGAGCUCACAUCAUGUCCCUAGUUCUUGUUGCUGGAAUGUUAAUUCCUUCAGGUUGAAAAUCAAGUAGCAUUGAUUCCAGGGCCGUAAUCCUUUAAGUCCCAGGAGUGACAAAAAUCAAUUUUCUCCAAACAAUACAAAUACAUAAUCAAGAGAAAAUGUUGUGAGAAUAUAUAAAGUAAUCACUUCAUGGAAAACGCUUUGAUCUUCAAGAAAAUUCUCCCAACAAAUUCAUUAAGGAAAUGUAUGGAGAUCAGUUUUGAGCAUUUGUAUGUGGAUAUUAAAGGGUUAAGUCAGGUCCAGGCCCAGGAGUGUCAGAAAAAAGGUGCUUUGGGGAUGGUCUCAACUCCUUACUGAAGGUCUAGGUUACAUGAAUAAUUUAUUGAUUUACUGAUUACAGAACGUUUGGAAGCAUCUAUGUCCAGAAAUUAAGAUGCUGAAAACAGAUUUUCACAAUAUUUUUAUAAAAUGAAAUUUUGGCUUGUUUUGAGCUCCUUUUGGAAUUGAAAGUAUUAAGCCCUGGCAGCUGUUAGCCCUAUUAAGUUCCAAGUAUGGUUUUAUUUCAUUUUAGUCUAUUUGUUUGUUUGUUUUUUUUACAGCAUUACUUAUCAAAACCAGAAGUCAACACUUCGGCAAUUCAUCAUCAGUCUCAAGGUGAUGGAAGACGGUUCCGUUAUCGAACAACAUUAGCCGAUGGGAGUCAGCAUCAGCAACAGACUCAAAGAAGACAACAGGGAGUGAAUGAUGCUUGGGCUCAAAGGGAGCAGCGACGGCAGGCUCAUUUGUCAUUACAGAGAAACAGAGGGGUUAUAGCUAGGGAACGGAGAAGGUACAUAUAUGUACUUCUGUUUUUUUGUUUUUAUGUCUUUUCAAUAUACUCUAGGUACUAGGUCAAACAUUCUUCCUUCUUUUGGCUCUUACUUCAUGAAUAGGACUUAGUUACAUGUAACAAAGGGGAACAAAACGUCAUCAGAAUUCUGUAUUUCUUCAACCUGGGUUUUUCCUUUUUUUCCAUGAACUCUGUUUUGUAAAUCAUUCAAAGUCUCACGAUGCAUAAAAAGCAUUCACUAGUGAGAACUGCUCCUAUGAACCUGUAUUCAUUUGUUUGGCUAACAAAAUAUUGAUCUUAUACUAUAAAACAAACACAGGACCAUUUACAGUGGCAAUCUAUGGGUGCAAGGAGUAACUCAGACAGGACGACCUCGGCAGAGAGAUAUUUGUAAGUGAAAUUUACCACCAGUAUAACAACUACGAAAGAAUAGUUCAUCAACAUGACUCUAUAUAGUAUUUAAGCAAAUUUAUCACAGUCGCCAAUUCCAAUAUUACAAAUAAAUAUUACAUAUUUGUGGUGUAUUUUUCCUAAUUAAAUUGUUUACAUAUUCCAUAGCUCCGGCAUUUUUUCGCGUCAACCCUGCUUGUUCCCAUCGUUUGAUUCCAUGGCUUAACAGAGAUCUGAGAGUGUUGCUGCACGACGAGGAGAGUCAUGUUAAUUUUCUUCUUCAGAUUAUUUUGUCUCUCAUUACCAAGUGAGUAAUAAAGUCUUGGUUCCCUUUAAUAUGUUUAACGAAUUCCAAAAUACUGCAAGCGACUUAGGAAAACCCCUUGACAGCCAGAAGUAUGCUGAAAUGGUUUCUUUCCAUGUGAAACUGCUGCAAAAAAUGUAGAAGGGUACACCAAUUAUGUUAAGCACAGGGUGCAAAUGGACUGUUAAGGAUACUGGGCUGCCUGUGGUUAAAGGCUUUUUCCUUUUUUCGUCCCGCCAUUUUGAGUCGGAAGAUGGCGCUGGGACUAGAUCGCUGUCAAAGUGACAACUUGGUUCAAAUAACUAAAAUCAGUACUUCAAAGAUUAGAAUUUUGUACUGCAUUAUCCUUAAUUUCUAAGAACCACUAUUUAAGGCCGGUCGGCAGACUGUAGCACUAGAUUGAAAUUUCACGGGUAACAGAAAGCCAUUCAAAAUAUCGCAUGAAAAAUACAAUGGUCACAUGACCAAAUAAUUCUACUAUUUCACCCGAUUAAAAAAAGUUCAACCAAAAAUAGUGUAGCAUGGUUAUAAAGUAAACGAAAUCCAGGAUCGGAGGUAUUUUGUAAACUGUUAUUUUUACCUUGUUUUUUUUUUCUCAGGGUUGAGCUGACUUCAGAGGACUUUUGUAAUCAACUGCGCCCUUUUCUGUUUGACAAAACAGAACAUUUUAUUCACGAAUUUAUAAGCUUUGCUCGUUCGCCAUUUGAUAUCACUGCUUAUGAUGAGCGUGCGCAGUAUAGCUGGCCUAACGAGUCACGUGACCAAGUUAGAGACACGCCCACAGUGUUCAACAGUAGUUCUGCAGGUGUGGAUCAAUUAUCUAACUGUUCUUUUUUCUCUUUGUCUUGAUGCUUUCUUGAAUCGCGCGACUUCGAAAGACAAGCGUCGUCAGUAAUGAGGAUGUUUGUGUGUAUUAGUCAGUGAAAGCUUUCUGUCGUCGUACGCGAAAUCUCCAACAACAAAAACAGUUGCAGAGAAGCAAUAUAGUUCGUGUGCAACUAUCUCCGCAGCUGCCACUUGCGUGACGAGUUACUGGUUCUUUCGUUGAAUGUCGAUGUUUGCUGAAAUUUAUUCAUUUGCUUGUCGUUUUUUUCGUUGGUUCAUUUUUGUGUUCUCUUUGUUCUUGUCAUGUAGGUUGGCAAACGCCAGCACCAGGCCCGUCUGGAGUAUCUCUGUUUGACUUAUCCGAAACAGACUGGAACAGAGAUUCUCCAGUGUUGCGAAUCGACGUCACCAACUGGUCUCCUGAUUCAUCUCCAGGCCAAGCAGGAAAUUUUGAGCCCAGUACGAUGGAGACCGUGACCAUCUCAUCAAGCAACUCUUCCCAGACUGUAUCAGUAGAAAAUUUAGAAAGCGACGAACGUUCUAAUGGUUCCCCCUGUUUUAAUGUCGAAAGGAAGAGACGUAUUUCGGUCACUGAGACGACCAGCAAUGGGGAAAAUCGCGGGAAAUCGAGAAAAAAGCAUAGUAAACACAAACAUAAACACAGACAUAAACACAAGCGCAGGCAUGAGCGUAAAGAUUCGCUGAGAUAUAACAAAAGCAGACGUUCUGACAGCCCGGAAAGACAGCCCAGUAUGCCAGGUCCAAGCAAUCGCGUUUCCGUUGAUUCGUCGAUAACUGAAAUCCCGGUAGAUGUCAUUAUUUUAAGUGAUGGCACUGCCUCGCCGGAUGUUUUUUAUAGUGACAGAAAGUCUAGAAGCAUUGAUUUCUCAAAUUACCGCCGAAGAAGAAAGCGGAAGCCGUCAUCAUCGCGGUCUCCGCCAUCAAGAUCUACAAGUAAAGGCGAAAGGAGCCUGGGAAGUAGUAAUAGACAUCGGUCCAGGUCAAGGUCAGAAUCAAGGGAGAAAAGAAAAACUAGCCCGCAUGGUGAGAGGUCUUUAUCUACAUAUUCAGAAGCUCAUUCACGACGUAAAAAUUCUUGUUCAAGAAAUACAGGGAAAGCUUAUCGUCGAUCUAGAUCUAGGGAGGGUGGUUCGCCCUCACGAGAACAGAGCAAAGAAAGAUUUAAGAGGGGGAAGAAAUCACGAUCACGAUCACGAUCGAGACAAUCGGAUUCAAUCUCCCAAAAACGACAUCGUUUGAAAUGGGAAAGAAAUUCUCGGGAGGAUUCAUUGCAUGAACAAUCCAGCUCUUCAGGCUUUAUAAAGAAAAAAUAUGAACGAGAAAAACGGAGGUCGCACUCUCGUUCUUCGAGUCGAUCACAGUCUCGAUCAAAAGGGAAGACAGCUCUGGUCUCUCGAGGAGCGAAAUCUAGAACAUGGAGGAAAAGUGACCGUGAUCCACAUUUGCGAUCUAUAUCGCCGUUGCCGAUACGGCACGAAUCUUCCUCAUUUUCACGCGAUUCUAGAUCGCGUUCUCCAAAGAGAGACUCUCGAUCACGAUCACGACAUCGAUUGUCACUGUCUUCAUCACGAAAUCUUACAGACACUUCACGAGAUUCACGUUCUCCGUCACACAAGGCAAUUGAAUCAAAAGCAAAUUCAGCUUCAGAGUCGAACGAGUCAACUGACCAGAGUAAUGAGGAUAUCAGGAAGGAAAUUGAGGAUUUAGAACUUCGUAUUAAUGCUGAUAAGAAGCGAUUGUUAAAACUACUUAUCAAGCAGGAGAGAACGAAAGGCGAUGGGAUAACAGCCAUCAGCGAGGAAACUGAAAGUGCACCACGUGAAGAAGACCAUCUUUGACCUUGAUACCUGAGAUGACAAUCAGCCUAAAACGCAGUAGACUGCGUAGCACAGCAGGCAGUUGAAAGUAAUGGGCGCACGGACGAACGGGGCUCGCGUGCCCGCGUUCUCUCUCUUAAGCGCU